GUUAGCUAGCUACACAACACGAUUAAUCGCAAUUUAUUCCUAAAUAUCAUUACAGUAUACCAAAUAGAAUAUACCUAACAUCUCUAUCUAAACAUCACUCGAUAAAAACAGCCACAUGGUAGGCAAUUGGGCUGGUAAAAGUCCCACCUGAUUGGAUGACGAUCGUGACGUCGUGUGGGCGUGUCUCGGCCAUCUUUAUAUAUUUUUUAAAUUUUUGCGACGCUGAAGUCACAGAGCCAAAGCAAGAGCCCGAGUAUACCAGGAAAGCUGAUCUGCUGUUUACUGGGGUUACAGGUCAGAGCAGUCAUGUCCUCCCCAGAAAUCGCAUCUUUGUCCUGGGGCCACAUGAAGGUCAAAGGCUGUUCCUCUUCCUAUAAAGAUUGUAAAGUGUGGCCAGGUGGCAGUCGGGAAUGGAACUGGAGAGAAACUGGGACAGAUCAUUAUCCAGGUGUCCAGCCAGCUGACCUGGAGGAAAUCCUGAGGAAAGGAGUUGAUAUUCUGGUAAUCGGAAGAGGAAUGAGUGAAGCAUUACAGGUUCCACCCUCGACAGUGGAACAUGUGAAGAAACAGGGUGUGGAUGUAAAAGUUCUGCAGACUGAGAAGGCUGUGAAGGAGUACAACAUCCUUGCAGGACAGGGAGCAAAAGUGGGAGGAGUUUUCCAUUCCACUUGCUAAAGACGGAAAGCUGACUGUACGGUGCCUUACUCUGAAAAGGCGGUUUCAAACGUUCUUUCAAAAAAAAAGUACAGUAUUUACAUCAUAUCACAAGUUUUUAUUACAAGAAAAAACUACAGAACAAUAUUUUCUCUCAAAAUAAAUUGAUUCUAAGGGCGGGAAAAAAAAAA